UACCUACGUAAAAGUUUCGUUGUGUCUGGAUUUUAGUCAUUCGCUAGUUAUUCGUUCGAGGUUAAGCUUGAAAGGACAGUGCGAUUGUUUACGUUGACAAUAGUUGUCUUCCUAAUUUUUCUUUUAUCCAAUAGUACGGUUUUCCUUGUUCCAGAACACGGGAAAUUUUUGAAAUCAGCACCGAACUCGCGUACUAUUCAAAUAAAAUUACUUUUUUUUUCUUAAAUCGUUGUGUAACGACCACUCGCCAAGAUGUUGAACAUUUCAUCGGUUAAAAAGGUCACCGGGGACAGCGCCGAGAUGAGAGAUCUGGCCUCCAGGAUAUGCAGGGAUUACCUGAACGGAGCCUGGAAGAAGGUGACGGCCCAGAACAUCGGGUUCAAGCACAUCAGCGGCGGUUUAUCCAACCUUCUCUACCACGUCUCCCUUCCAGACGACCUCUGGAAGGAAAGCCGCUUCCAGGACGAACCCAGAGAGGUCCUGAUCCGCGUCUACGGCCAGACCCACGGAGAGGGCGCCCUGGAAGCGCUCAUCACCGAAUCCGUCGUCUUUACUUUAUUGUCCGAGCGCAACCUGGGCCCCAAACUCCACGGCAUCUUCCCCGGCGGCAGGAUCGAGCAGUACAUCAACGCCAGACCCCUCCUGACCAAGGAACUGGCCGACGAGAAGCUGUCGGUGCAGAUCGCGCAGAAGAUGGCGACCAUCCACUCCAUGCAGGUGCCUUUGCAUAAAGAACCGACAUGGUUGUGGAACACCAUAGAGAAGUGGGUGCAUAAAUGCGAUACCAAAUUCUUAGCCAACGCCCCCGAAUUUGCCAAGUCGAUUUUGGACAGGAUGGACCUCUGGUCGGAGAUCAAAUGGCUCAGGAAGAGGUUGGAAAGUGAGAGCAGCCCUGUCGUGUUUUGUCAUAAUGACAUGCAGGAGGGUAACAUCCUCAUAAACAUGGACCAGGAACAGGACCAGAGCAAUAACAACUCGGAACCCAAUAUUGUGAUUAUCGAUUUCGAGUACUGCUCAUACAACUACCGCUCAUUCGACAUCGCCAAUCACUUCGUCGAAUGGAUGUACGACUACACCGAACCCAACCACCCCUUCUACAGGGAGGACUGCUCCAACUACCCCACUGAGGAACAGAGACAGCUGUUCAUCAGGGCCUAUUUAGAUGAGAGAGGCUCACGAGAAAACCCCAACGAGGUCAUGAAAGAGGUGGAGGUUUUCGCCUUGGCCUCGCACUUCUUCUGGGCAAUGUGGGGUCUCGUCAAUGCCGAAACGUCAAAGAUACCCUUCGGAUAUUGGGAAUACGCUUGCUCCCGGCUGACCUGCUACCAGCAGCUGAAGCACAAGUUUGGGGGCAGUGGCCAGCUGAAGAGAAAGAUGAAUGACUAUACGAUAUGAAACCGGACCGGACAUCCUGUGCAAACCAACGCCCUCUGGGUAGAGAACCCGCGGGGUUUUGACCAUAUGACUGUGAGCGAGCGAGGAAACGACCCACACACUUUGUGAUAACCCUGUGGAUAUCUAAUUGUAACCUUUUAGUAUUAUGGAAUCUUGUCAAAAUCACUUUUUAACAAUUCUUGCACACCUAGAUCCCGGUUCCGCAAGUAUUCCUGCGGAAUCACGUCGUCUAACCAGGGCCUAAAGUCGUUCUAACAGGGACGCUGGCCGAAAUAUAACGCGUAGGAUGCCGAGGAUGGAGAUAAGACGUGUUUUUUUAUUCUUUUUUUACUGUACAGCACUUGUAAAUAUGAUUUCUUUGUGUUAGUUCUCUUAUUCGUUCAAAAUGUACUUAUUCUUUGAGGCCGAUUUUAAAGUCUGGAUUUUUUUAUGUUUUUUUUUACUUCUUUUGUAAUGUAUAUAUGUGUAAUGUUUUAAGUGAGAUGUAUAUACAGAUAUUUAUUAUUUUACAUAAAAUAAAGAAUGGGCAAUUUGA